UCCCAUCCCCUUUCCUUCUCUCCACCCCUCUGCGAUUGAAGAGGGAGUGAAAGCAUAAGAAGGGCUGGAAGUGCAAGACAAAGGCUCUGAGAAGGAUCGGGUGCUUUGGGGUCCCUUUUUCACAUAGUUCCUCCCUUCCCUCAUGAAUUGUCCAGAGCCAAACUACUUCUCCUUUGUAGUUUAUGCAGAAGGGCUGUAAAGGACUAGAGUUUGCAUCUGGAGAGGAGGCAAAAGAUGUGUAACUGAACAGCUCUGAUUGGAACCUGGAGAGGAGGGCUGAGCAUUCCGCCUCUGGAGGACCCAAACGUUGGCCUUGUCCCUCCCUCCUGCUUGCCUCUCCUUCGGCUUUUGUCCUGCCUUGUUUCUUCAGAGGAAGCCCUGUAAAUGUGUAGCCUUUGGCUGAUUUGCUGCUUGCCUUUGGGGACCCUUCUUCUGGCGAUCUGCGAGUCAGCUGGUGGAAGCCAGCUCAGCCCAGAGAAGAGUUUAAUAUGGGGACCAGGCCUGAGAGCAGAGGUGGUCCUUCCUGCGCGAUAUUUUUAUGUCCAGGCUGUAGACACGGAAGGAAACAGGUUUACUGUCUCUCCAGGUGAACAUGCCUUCCAAGUGAGGAUCACAGCUCCUGAGGAGCAAUUUACACGAGUGGGCAUGCAAAUAUUAGACAGGAAAGAUGGCUCCUUCAUUGUGAGGUACAGAAUGUAUGCAACCUACCAAAGUCUGAAGAUUGAGGUUCAAACAAAAAACAAGCAUAUUGCCAAAUCUCCAUAUAUAUUAAAAGGGCCUGUCUACCAUGAGAACUGUGAUUGCCCUCAGGAAGAUGGAAAUGCUUGGCUGGAGGAAAUGAGCUGCCCUCAGUCUAUUCCCCAAAUUCAGAGAGAUCUGGCACAUUUUCCUACUGUCGAUCCUGAUAAAAUUGCCAAAGAAAUUUCACAACGGUUUGGCCAGAGGCAGAGCUUGUGCCAUUACACUAUAAAAGACAAUAAGGUUUAUAUAAAGACCCACGGAGAACAUGUAGGCUUUAGGAUUUUCAUGGAUGCAAUUCUACUUUCUUUGACAAGAAAAGUAAAAAUGCCAGAUGUAGAGUUUUUUGUCAAUUUGGGAGAUUGGCCUCUGGAGAAAAAGAAAUCCUCUCAGGACAUCCAUCCCAUAUUCUCAUGGUGUGGAUCCAAUGAUUCAAAAGACAUUGUAAUGCCAACUUAUGAUCUGACUGACUCAGUUUUAGAAACAAUGGGGCGAGUCAGUCUGGACAUGAUGUCUGUUCAAGCAAACACUGGGCCACCAUGGGAAGAAAAGAACACUACAGCAAUAUGGAGGGGUCGCGACAGUCGUAAAGAGAGGCUUGAAUUGGUCAAAAUGAGCAGAAAAUACCCAGACAUCAUUGAUGCAGCCUUCACAAACUUCUUCUUUUUCAAGCAUGAUGAAAGUCUCUAUGGCCCCAUUGUGAAGCACAUCUCUUUUUUUGAUUUCUUCAAGUAUAAAUACCAAAUUAAUAUUGAUGGCACAGUGGCUGCAUACAGGCUGCCUUAUCUCCUAGCGGGAAACAGUGUUGUGUUCAAACAGGAUUCAAUCUAUUAUGAACAUUUUUAUAAUGAGCUACAGCCUUGGAAACAUUACAUUCCAUUUAAAAAUGACCUGAACGAUCUCUUGGAGAAACUCCAGUGGGCAAAAGACCAUGAUGAAGAGGCAAAGAAUAUUGCAAAAGCAGGACAAGAAUUUGCAAGAAAUAAUCUCAUGGGAGACCACAUCUUCUGUUAUUAUGUCAAACUUUUCCAGGAGUAUUCCAAAUUACAAAUAAACGAUCCCAAAGUCAGAGAUGGUAUGGAAAAAGUGGAACAGCCUGAUGAAGAUCUCUUUCCUUGUAGCUGCCACAGAAAAAAGGUUAAAGAGGAACUUUAAUUGGAAGAAAGAAAAGUGCUUGAAAUAUUUGCCGUCUUUGAUGUUUCAUCAACUUCAGAGGAUAAUGGAAAGGCUGGGUUUUUAAUAGCCCAAGUAUCUUCUAAUGUGCAGUAUUAUAGCAUUGGUUUUGUACGUUUUUUUAAAGAAAAAUAAAUAUUCUUUCCAUAAA